AUGGGGGAUUUGGCAAAUGAUGAUGACAUAUACGAAGGCUUUGAUGCUGUUCCACCAACAUUUGACGCUGGAAGCAUUUUUUCCAGCCAAAAUAUUCAGACCGCCAUAAAAACAGCUAUAAGAGGAAGGAGACCCACGGUAGGCUCAGUUAAGAAAACCAUGCCUUACUUACUUUCUCGCCGUAUUUUACAUGCUCAGUGCUUUGGAAUUUCGGGUGAACGUCUGAAGACAGGUUCAACCUUAGGCAAUGAUCGCUACCUUCCAACUAGUGAGUCGUCGAAAUUAGGUGCUUGUCGUCCAAUGACUUCUGUUCGCGCCGCCGGGUUUUCGUCAAGUCUACGACGUAGCACGGCUUUUGGAAAGUUCAGUGUGGACUUUUCUCCUGUUAAUCAUUCAGCUGCUGAAUUCGGUUCUAUCGGAAUCAGUGCUCCUCCACUUGAACAGAAGCCUGAAGAUUCCUCUGAGACUCAGAUGCAAGAAAUGGAAAAAAAGGUGACGCAACUCUUUGAAGAGAGCUGUUUGGCGGCAGCUGGUGGAAAUAUAAGUGUAGCGCUCGAAAAGGCUAAGGAGGCCGGUCGCAAAGAGCGCGUUCUAGUGCGUCAACGUGAACAGCUGGGGAUGGGGGACCAAAUUAACCUCGAUCUAACUUAUUCCAUCCUCUUCAACCUCGCCAAUUGCUAUGAGCUAGCAGGCUUGAAUCACGAGGCACUAAACACCUAUCAGGCUAUUGUUCGCAACAAGAUGUUCUCACAUGCAGGAAGACUCAAAGUUAACAUGGGAAACAUCUACUUUCGUCAGAAGAACUAUACGAAAGCCAUCAAAUUGUACCGUAUGGGCUUGGAUCAGGUACCUAAAACUCACAAAUCAAUGCGGAUAAAGAUCAUGCAAAACAUCGGAAUAGCCUUUGUGAAACUACGUCAGUACAAUGAUGCCAUCACGGCUUUUGAGCACAUAAUGCAGGAGGAUGCGGGAAUAAAGACGGCUCUGAAUCUGAUUCUCUGCUACUUUAGGGUUGGAGAUAAGAAUAAUAUGAAAUACACAUUUCAACGGCUUCUUAAAGUCGACUUGCACCUUGAUGAUGGGGAGCGGUACCUUUCACAUGCUGAUGAUGGGAAAUAUGACAGCAUUUUGGAAGUCAUAAAGAACGAUGAUUUACGGCAAUAUGAGAAGACUAGGAGGGCACAUGCGGAGUCUGUGAUUAAAAUGGUCGCCAAAAUAAUUGCUCCGGCUAUAGAAUCAAGCUUCAACUUGGGCUAUACAUGGUGCAUUGAACAAACCAAGAACUCUGCAUAUCGCGAACUUCCUAAUGACUUGGAAAUCGAUAAGGCGUUGAUGUAUCUCAGACAACGUGACUUUCAUCCGGCCAUAGAGACAUUGAAAUCGUUUGAAAACAAGGACACCCGAACGGCUUGCACAGCUGCAACAAACCUCUCCUUCCUUUACUUCCUUGAGGGAGACUUUGCACAAGCCGAUCGGUAUGCCAAUCAGGCGUUGGCGGCCGACCGCUACAGUCCUGCUGCUUUGGUGAACAAGGGAAAUAUCCUAUUCAAGCAGGGGCAGUUGGAGAGAGCACGUGACUGCUAUCGUGAAGCCCUGCAGGACGAUCCAACCUGUGUGGAGGCGCUCUACAAUUUCGGUCUAGUCGCUAAACAACUCGACAGACUAGAGGAGGCAUUGGAUGCCUUCUAUAAGAUCCAUGCGAUGCUUCCUAACAAUGUUUUGGUGAUGUACCAGAUGAUGGAUAUCUAUGAGCGGAUGGGCGAUCUCUCACAGUCACAAGACUGGUUUCUUCAACUGCAUGGACUCGUUCCAUCAGAUCCCUUUCUUUUGCAACACUGUGGCGACUGUUUUGAGCGAAUUGGCGACAAAUCCCAGGCCUUCUCUUAUUACUACGACUCAUUUAAGUAUUAUCCUUGCAACUUCGAGGUGAUUGAAUGGCUCGGGGCCUACUAUAUUGAGUCGCAGUUUUGCGAAAAAUCUAUCAGCUACUUUGAGCGUGCUGCGUUGAUGCAACCAAAUCAAAUAAAGUGGCAACUGAUGAUUGCCUCCUGCCACCGAAAGAGUGGAAAUUACCAACAAGCUCUCGAAAUGUAUAAGAAAAUUCACAAUAAAUUCCCAGGAAAUAUUGAAUGUCUCCAGUUUCUCGUUAGACUGCACAAGGAUAUGGGCCUACCCGAGGCAGAUGAAUACCUCUCCCGAUUGAAGAAGGCGGAGAAAAUUCGCGAGGCUCGUGAACAACGGGUGCUUUCUGCCUCCAGUCGUCAACCCUUAAGCACAGGUGUUUUUGGACAACCAAGUGAGAGCCUUGACAGCAUAAGCGGGGGUAGUCGCGAUAGCAGCGCAACCACAAGACGCCGAGUGCAUGGCAGUUAUAUAAGAUCUUCCGCCUACGCCAUAUCUCGUCUAACUAAUGGGCUACCACCAGCAGCAUCCUCGUCGUCGCUUCAUUUGCCUGACACCGACGCGGAAGAUGAAGAUGGACAUGACCUUCCGCGACAACAGCAUCGCUCUGACGCCUUAAAUCCAAUGGAAGUGAGCUACGUAGAUCCCCUAGGACCCUCUGCAGAGCGACCCCGUACUGCUGUCAAAACUCGCCGUUCUGUUGCGGAAGAAUUUGUUGAUGAUUGUGCUGUUGAUAAUCUGUUGCCUGAUUGA